AUGGAGGCUGUACAACACUUUGUUUUAGUUCACGGAGCUUGCCAUGGAGCCUGGUGCUGGUACAAGGUUGUGAGUCUUCUCAAAUUACGUGGUCAUCGUGUGAGUGCUAUAGAUUUGGGCGCUUCAGGGAUCAAUCCCAAGCGGCUAGAUGAGAUUGUUUCUAUUUCAGAUUACGUGCAGCCUUUGAUGGAGUUCAUUGACUCUCUUAAUCAAGAAGAGAAGGUGAUUUUGGUUGGUCACAGCUAUGGUGGUAUCUCUAUAUCUCUUGCAAUGGAGAAAUUCCCUGAGAAAAUUUUAGUUGCAGUGUUUGUGUCUGCUUAUAUGCCUCCAUACAAAUCUCCUCCGGGAACUCUAAUACUAGAAUAUUUUAACAGUACACCAGUGGAAUCCUUAUUGGAUUGCCAGUUAACAUUCAACCAAGGCCUGGAAAAUCCUCCAACUUCAGCUAUCUUUGGUCCUGAAUACAUGAAGACUACAGCGUAUAAACACUGCCAGUUAGAGGAUUUAGAAUUGGGAAAAACAUUGGUUAGACCAACUGGGUUGUUCUUGGAAGAUUUGUCCAAGGAGUCUUUGUUAACAAAAGAGAAAUAUGGGUCAGUUGAUCGGGUUUUUAUCAUGUGUGAAGAAGAUGAAGUGAUGAAGGAGGACCUUCAACGGAUGAUGAUCCAGAACUACCAACCUAAAGAAGUGAAGAAGAUCAGUGAAGCUGGCCACAUGGUCAUGCUUUCUAGGCCUAGAGAGUUUUCUCAAACUAUACUAGAUAUUGCUGUCAAUUAUAAAUGA